UCUAUCUUCUUUGUCCCUUGUCAGUUCUUACCUUAUUCAUUGGGUCACUGAUCUAUCUAUUUCUCUCCAGAAUCUUGAUAAAAUCGCUUCUCACUCCACCGACUUUUCUUGCAUUCUGUUUUCCAGCCAGAACACCCUUUCACGCCAUGGAUCUUGAACCGGAAGAGCUCCAAUUCUUAACCAUACCAGAAAUUUUGAGGGAAUCAAUUGCAAUCCCCAAACGUUCUCCAAAAACCUUCUACCUCAUAACCCUAACCCUAAUUUUCCCUCUUUCUUUUGCCAUCUUAGCCCAUUCUCUCUUUACUCACCCUCUCUUGGCUCAACUUGAAGACCACCCAUCAGCUGAUCCCAAUCAAACCCGCCAUGAAUGGACCCUUCUCAUGAUCUUCCAGUUCUGUUAUCUAAUCUUUCUUUUUGCUUUCUCUCUGCUCUCAACAGCUGCUGUUGUUUUCACUGUUGCCUCUCUUUACACAUCCAAGCCUGUGACUUUCUCUUCUACCAUUUCUGCUAUACCCAGGGUUUUCAAGCGCUUGUUUAUUACGUUUUUGUGGGUGUCUUUGUUGAUGUUGCUUUAUAACUCUGUAAUCCUUAUCUUCUUGGUCAUUUUCGUUAUUGCCGUCGAUACCCAGAACGUCGUUUUGCUCUUUUUAUCUCUGGUGGUGAUUUUCGUGUUCUUCUUGGUUGUCCAUGUGUAUAUAACUGCUUUAUGGCACUUGGCUAGUGUGGUUUCUGUGCUUGAGCCCAUUUAUGGGAUUGCCGCAAUGAAGAAGAGCUAUGAGUUGCUAAAGGGAAGGGCUCGUAUGGCUGCGGUGCUUGUGUUUGGGUAUUUGGCAAUUUGUGGGGUCAUUGGAGGGAUUUUUGGGUCUGUGGUGGUGCAUGGAGGAGACAAAUAUGGUGUUUUUACGAGAAUUGUUGUUGGUGGGUUUUUCGUGGGGGUGUUGGUGAUUGUAAAUCUGGUGGGUUUGUUGGUGCAGAGUGUUUUUUACUAUGUUUGCAAGAGCUAUCACCACCAAGGAAUCGAUAAGAGUGUUUUACAUGAUCAUCUUGGUGGCUACCUUGGAGAAUAUGUCCCUUUGAAAAGCAGCAUUCAGAUGGAGAACUUGGAUGACUAAGGGGCGCCAAAUGAUGAAGAAAUGGCAUCAUUUAUACAAGACCUAGCUGUUGUCUCUUGGAAAGUUUCAUUUCCAGGUUGGUGUUUUCCUUCAAUUUUAUCUUCUCGAUUUCUCAUUGACAUAUCGAAAAUAUCGGUUUUAUUCCUUUGAUUUGCACAGGGAUUAGAGAAUCCUCCUUGUAUUUGUUAACAGUGCACUGAUUGUUCUAAUGGUGGUUGUAGUUUAUAAAGCAUAAAGCUGUUAUCUCUGUUGA